GGUCUUUUUUCUUAACUUUCCUUUAGUGAGAUGGCUGUGCUCGUUCCCGUGAAUUCCAAACGAGUUCUGUGGACGGUCGGCAGGCGGCGAGGCCAGUCAGCGCAGUCCUCUUCCACACCCACCACUGGAAAUUAAGAACGCCUUGAAGAUUUGUAUCUGUGCAGCCUGGCUGCCUCCCUGCCUCCAGAUGAAUGAAGAACACUCCGGAACACAGAGACACUGCUGAUACAGGGCAUGCAGGUGUUUCUGCAAAUAUGAUGAAGAAAAAGAAUCCCAAUAAAAAACAUAAGAGCAAUCUGGGUCCAGCCACCAAAGUAUUGUCACAACCACGUCGGAACAUUGUUGGCUGUAGAAUCCAACACAUCUGGAAGGAUGGAAGUGGACAUGUGGUAUGGAAAGGCACCGUACUCGACCAGGUUCCAGUGAAUCCUUCCCUCUAUCUGAUCAAGUAUGAUGGCUUUGACUGCGUGUAUGGUCUGGAGCUUCAUAAAGAUGAGAGAGUUCAGGGCCUGGAGGUGCUCCCUGACAGACUCGCUAAAUCCCGCCUGACAGACAUCAAUCUAGCGGACGCCAUGAUAGGCAAAGCGGUGGAACACAUGUUUGAGACGGAGGAGGGACCAAAGGAGGAAUGGAGGGGGAUGGUGCUGGCCCGGGCUCCCAUCAUGACCACCUGGUUUUAUAUAACCUAUGAGAAAGAUCCCGUCCUCUACAUGUACCAGCUGCUGGACGACUUUAAAGAAGGCGACCUUCGCAUCAUGCCUGAUUCCAAUGACACUGUCCCAGCAGAGAGGGAACCAGGCGAGGUGGUGGACAGUCUGGUGGGCAAACAAGUGGAGUACGCAAAAGAAGACGGAGGCAAACGAACAGGCAUGGUCAUCCACCAGGUGGAGGCCAAGCCUUCUGUCUACUUCAUCAAGUUCGACGAUGACCACCUGAUUUACGUCUACGACUUGGUCAAAACGUCGUAAGACUCAGCCGACGCCCUGGUCCCGUCUCCCAGGACACAUUGACCCAGUACAUGUUUCGCAGACCCCUAAAAGGCUUUAUUGGGCUUCUUUCAGUGUUAACUAAGUUCUACUUUGAACAGUUUGAAAAAUACAGCAUCAUAUAAUCCAAGCGUAUCAAAACAUAACAAUAUGACUGAGAAAUGUAGUCAUCGUACUGCUAGAAGAGAACUCAAAACGAUUGUGAGCUGGUACCAUCCACUAGAGGAGACAAACUCAUCAAGUACUAACAAAAUAUUUGUUAGUAUUGCCAUCCUCAAGUCCAUUACCGUGACAAAUUCUGGAAUUCUUCAUUUAAGUUCACAUACAGUAUCGAAAUCUAAAUGAAAGCCCUUAGCAAUGUUAGCUAUGUAUCUUCUUACAUAACUUUGUAAUGUAUGUAUUUUAAUAACACAUUAUUAUUGAUAUUACGCAGUGUUUUACGUCCCCGUCAUUUAUUUGUGGCGGUUACACUUGGCCUACCUGUUGUCCUCGCUCAUAAAUAAACACAUUAAAACGGGACUGUGCGGGAAUUAGAGGUGUCCCGAUUCCGAUUCAGCAAAAAAAAAACAAAUAUCGCAUUAUAUUAGCUUGGAUAUAAAAUCUUUGAUUCAAGCACUCCUGGAACUUGUUUACUUGACAGCCAGUUAACAUUUAAAAGUCCUCCGAUAAGCACACAAGGUCGGUAUUUUCGUGUAUUUUAGUCAAGCCAUUUACAAAAGGUAAACAUGGUAGGCUAUAGGAUACUCGGGAGCUCACAGUUACACAACAGCUUAGCACACAAGCUAAACAAAUGUAAUAAAUGUCUUUAAAUUAACAACAUUGCGGUUUUAAAUAGCACAUUUGUCAAAUAUAAUAUUUAAUAUAUAUAUUAUUUACACAAACAAAGUCGUAAGUGUAUUAUAAAUUAUCCAGUAACAAAUGUGUCCGCAUCAUUGAACUUAUGGCGUCAUUAGUUGAACUGAAUUAAUGGAUGUCAACAAAAAAAAUCAAUUAUCACCGUACUUUAACUUAAAGACAACAUAAGUCCAUUCCAGAUGGCUAAUAAUUAAUAUAUUUUUUAUACCUAAUAGAGGUGUGGGAAAAAAAUCGAUUCGAAUACGAAUCGCGAUUCUCACGUUGUGCGAUUCAGAAUCGAUUCUCUUUUUUUUUUUAAAUCGAUUUUUUUUUUUUUUAAAUCAGUCCAACAAAACAAUACACAGCAAUAUCAUUACAAUGCAAUCCAAUUCCAAAACCAAACCUGACCCAGCAACACUCAGAACUGCAAUAAACAGAGCAAUUGAAGGGAGACACAAACACCACACAGAAAAAAAACAAAAGUAGUGAAACAAAAAUGAAUAUUAUCAACAACAGUAUCAAUAUUAGUUAUAAUUUCAGCAUAGCAGUGAUUAAAAAUCUCUCACUGACAUUAUCAUUAGACAUUUAUAAAAAAAAAAAGAAUAGUUUCACAGUGGCUUAUACUUGCUUGACAACACACUGUCCAAUAUUUUCACAAAGAUAAAAUAAGUCAUAUUUUUGCUUCGUUUAAUAGUUAAAACAAAUUUACAUUAUUGCAAUCAGUUGAUAAAACAUUGUCCUUUGCGAUUAUAAAAGCUUUUAAAAAAAAAUCUACUACUCUGCUAGCAUGUCAGCAGACUGGGGAAGAUCCUGCUGAAAUCUUAUGUAUUGAAUGAAUAGAGAAUCGUUUUGAAUCGGAAAAAUAUCGUUUUUGAAGCGAAAAUCGCGUUGAAUCGAAAAAAAUCGAUAUAUAAUCGAAUCGCGACCCUGAGAAUCGAUAUUGAAUCGAAUCGUGGGACACCCAAAGAUUUGCAGCCCUAAUACCUACCAUUGUUCUUUGUCAUUUCACUUGACCAAACAUUAUAUUACAUUCCAAACGUAUUAAUGCUGAUAUUUUAUCAGAUCGAUGCCGGUAUUGGCGAAUACUCGUUAUCGGGACACCCCUAAUCUGAAUGCAGCUCGUCGCUCCAAGUCCGUACAAUAGAUUGCGUCGUAACUCCACAUUAAUUGCAACUCGUCGUGUUGACAGCUUCCAUUUAGCGAAUGUUUUGACCCCUCUAGAUUCUGACGAGCAUCCAAUCCAUCGAAUUUUUGGGGUGUUUUUGGUGUUAACACUUUUGGAGAUUUUUAAUGUGAAAGGCGGCUUCGACUGACAUAAAAAAAUAAAUACACAGAAGUAAGUUUGUAUUUCGAAACAUAUUUUAAAUAUAUAUAUAUACACAUAUAUAUGUAUGCAGACAUUUUGCUCAAACAUCCAUUAAAAAAAACAAAACGAUAUGGGUCAAAUGAUACUGAAGCAUCGACGCAUUAUGAAAAACAAGGAGUGAUAUUGUGUCCUCCAUACUUUGAUGUGUGUCACUUUAAGAAAAAAAAUCACGUCGUUACAAAUCGAUUUAACUCCUGUGUCGUUUGCCCGUUUAGCGUCACACUGUGUUUAUCAGAAAACUUAUUUUGGCUGACAGGUGACAGCUCGUGCUGUAAGUAUUCAGAGGAGUGGUGUGUCGUGUUUGACAUCGGUUUCUGUCGCCAUCAUCGAUGUAAAUGGAAUUAAGUGCAGCUGAGAUAGUCUUCAGCCCCCCGUGACUCCAAAAGGGACAAGCGGUAAAAAAAUGGGUGAGUAGAUGGAAAAAUUCCAAAGUGUCGGGUCAUUUUGAUCUUAUAUCGGCAAAUAAUGUAAAUGCUCUUUUUAUGUUUACUAUUUGGUUCAUUGACGAGAGCGUCGCAUUUCAUCAUCCUUUCUGCACAGCUGUUUGUUAAAAAAAAAAAAAAAAAUUCGCUAUUAAUUUUAUUUGUUGGCGUAAUGUAGUGACUUUCUUAAUCCAGCAGAUGCCGCCAUUAUGAAACCCCAAGACAGUGUCAGUGCAUCGUCAAUACAGCCAUCGAGUGUGCCACACACUCCCCAUUCAUGGCCAGUAAUGGAGAUAGACGAUGCAAUCGCGCACAACCCAACGCAAAAUACCGCCGCUAAUGUUGGUUCUGAAGGCCUCCGGCAGAAUUAAUCCAGUGCUGGCAACUCGCUAGCGGAAUUCUGAUUGGAUAAAAGCUAUGACGGCACACCACUGGAUUGGGGUAUGUCGUUUUUUUAAUUUAGAAUAAUGUUAAAGUCUCUCGUAUUCAUGUUGGCAUUUAAGACGAGGCGAUGUUAUUUUUUAGAAACGAUUAAACAAGGACAUUCAAAGUGUUUUACAGAAAGUUACAAGAAGGCAAAAAUAAUUGUAAAGACAAUCAUAAUUCUGAUCAAAAAAGUGUCGAUAAAAUACUUUGGGUUGUCAUUUGCACUAUUAAGUGUUUUCAGCUUCGAUUUGAACAUUGCCAAUGACCUGUUUUACAUUUUCUGGAAGACAAUUCCAGAUUUUAGGAGGAUAAAAAACUGAAACGCGGUUUCGACAUGUUUAGUCCGGACUCUAGGUGCAGGCAGGAGACCCCUCCCUGAGGUUCUAAGAGCUUGAGAUGGUUCAAAUGGUUCUAACAUUUUGGAUAUGUACUUUUGCACAAGACUUGUACACAAAGAGAGCAGUUUUAAAGUCCAUCCCCUGACCAACAGGAAGCAAGUGAACUAAGCACUGGACUAAUAUAGUCCUAUUCCCUGGUUCUACUCCGGACUCUAGCAGCAGCAUUCUGUAUGUCCUGCAGCUGAUUUACAGGGCCAAGUGAGAAUGCUAUUAAAGUACUGCUGGAGACAAAGCAUGGACUAGUCUUCCUAAGCCUGAUUUAGAUAAUAUUCCUCUGAUUUUGGCAAUAUUUUAACCAGCAAAAAACUGCAGGUGUUAUUGAUAUGAACAUUGCCAACAACCUGUUUUACAUCUUCUGGAAGAAAAUUCCAGAUUUUGAGAGGAUAAAACUGAAACGCGGUUUCGACAUGUUUAGUCCGGACUCUAGGCGCAGGCAGGAGACCACUCCCUGAGGUUCUAAGAGCUCGAGAUGGUUCAUAUGGUUCUAACAUGUCAGAUAUGUACUUUUGCACAAGACUUGUACACAAAGAGAGCCGUUUUAAAGUCCAUCCCCUGACCAACAGGAAUCAAGGGCAAGUGACCUAAGCUCUGGACUAACAUGGUCCUAUUUCCCGGUUCUAGUCUGAACUCGAGCAGCAGCAUUAUGAAUGUACUGCUGAUGCUCUACAGGACCAAGUGAGAAUGCUAUUACAGUAAUGCUGGAGACAAAGGCAUGGACUGGUCUUCCUAAGUCUGAUUUAAACAUUUGUCUGAUUUUUGGCAAUGUUUUAACUCGCAAAAAGCUGCAGGUGUUAAUGAUUUGAACAUUGCCAACGACCUGUUUUUCCUCUUAUGGAAGACAAUUCCAGAUUUUAGGACGAUAAAACUGAAACGCGGUUUCGACAUGUUUAGUCCGGACUCUAGGCGCAGGCAGGAGACCACUCCCUGAGGUUGUAAGAGCUCGAGACGGUUCAUAUGGUUCUAACAUUUCAGAUAUGUACUUUUGCACAAGACUUGUACACAAAGAGAGCAGUUUUAAAGUUCAUCCCCUGACCAACAGGAAGCAAGUGACCUAAGCACUGGACUAAUAUAGUCCUUAUUCCCGGUUCUAGUCCAGACUCGAGCAGCAGCAUUCUGUAUGUACUGCACAGCUGCUUUAGAGGGCCAAGUAAGAAGGCUAUUACAGUACUGCUGGAGACAAAGGCUAAGACUAGUUUUCCUUAAACAUUAUUCCUCUGAUUUUGGCAAUUUUUUAACUAGCAAAAAGCUGCAGGUGUUAUUGAUUUAUUGUGACAGUUAAAUUAAGUCUGAGUCCAUUAUUACCCUUAGAUUUUUAACCUUUCAGGAAGAGGAUCAGUAGUUUCUCUUUGCCACAGACAAGUUAAAGAAAAUAGUUUUCCAUCCACACACUAAUCUGUGCACUAGGUGCAGUAAAGGAGCAGUAUCACCUAUGUCAGUUUACACAGGUGCAGUUAUCAAUCACGGUUUUAUUAUAACCUUAAUUUGAAAUGCUGAUGUUAACUUUCUGGAAUUUUAUUGCAAUAUUUCAUAAAUAUUGUUACGUCCCGAGGCACACAGUGCCAAUGUUUCUUGCGUUGUCCGUCGUAAACUUUUGUUCGUGCUCAGAGACAAAUUAAAUGAGCACUAGUGUGCGAGGAAGUUGGACAACGUUGCUUAAAUAGCGGCUAACGUCAAAUCCUGGAGGGUCUGAUUAUUCAUGUUAAAAACCUCUAAAGGCUUAGUGGUCACAUGCGUGGACAGCACCUUUUUAGCUCUUAUUUCCAAAAUUGUGUACACUACUGAAUUGGGGUCUUAUGGCCACUUAUGUGGACACUUAUACUGCCAUCUGGUGGUGUCAGAAGAAAAUAACAUACAAUGGAAUUUGGAGGGAAAAAAAGUGUCAAAAUAAGAAUUAGCAUGUCACUAAACAUGAAGUACACAUUUGUGUAUUUAUGGACUAAAAAAAAGAUUAAAGGAUGAUUCUUAAUUUUUAUUCUAAUUAAGGUCCAAUAAGCCCAAAUAGCAAAGAGAAAUAAAAAAAUAAUGUAAACAAACAGCUUGAGCCUUAAGAGGUUUUAAACCAGAUUCAUUUCAGUUUUGUGUUCGUGUUUCUUGUCCUCCAUUUCUACCACAAAUAUUUUUGGGGGGAUUAGUUCAAACUUCCGUCACGUGACGGUUUGAGGGUUGAAGAGAUAUUAUUUCAUUCUAAAUAAAAAAGAAGUGAGGGGAAAGGUGAGUGAUCCUUGAAAGUCAAUCUGGGGAAUGCAUGAGCAGACGAGUAUGUACAAACUUCAUUUUGUGGACUUGUGAUGUAGAUAGUCGCCAAAGCAGAUAGAUGACAGCUAUUAUUAAUACCUGCACAAAAAAAAAAGACUGAGACGUAUAUAUAUGUAUGUAGUAUGAUCAUCUCGACGCGCACGGUGUUUAAUUGGUUCCGAUAUUGCAAACACACAUUUUGGCAGCAAUGUUCCAGUUGCUUCGUUUUGCGAUUUAUCGAUUAUUGUUGUUGACGUCGGAAUGAUACGAGCUUUUUUUCUAUCAUCCUGCCUUGUAUUUUAUUUUUUAUUUUUUUUGUAUGAUUAAAAUGGUGUGUUCAUUUUUUAUUGUUCAUGAAAAAAAUGUGGUUUUGUGGUUCUUUGCUUCACACAAUGCCCAUAUUUCUAUUGUAGCUGCUGUAUGUUAUAGCUGUAACCCAACACUUGAAAUGUCAUCAAAUAGGCCAUAAACAGCCUUCAAGUCCCUAA